UCAACGAGUCAAACCGACGAAUUCCCUAAAUAUAUCUAUCGAUCCUAUCCCGCCAUCCAUCAUCUCCCCCUUCUUUCUCCCAUUAAUGCUCCUUCGCCAAUCAUUUCUUUCCCAUCACAUAAUCCGUCGAACCAUCAUGACUGCUUCUUACACACCCAUCGCUAUCCAACACGUCAACCUUGCCAUCCCUAAAGACACACUUGAGCAAGCUCAAGAGUUUUACGGCGAUGUGAUUGGGUUUAAGAAUGACCAGGUGCCCCAAGCCCAAAGGGAUACACUCUUAUGGUUUAGAGUUGGUGACGGGCCUCAGCAGAUUCACGUCUCUUUCGAAAAGGGUAUUAGUGAAGCAGGCCCCGCCCUCUCGGACCGCGCGCCCAUCUCUAGCCGACAUCCUUGUUUCUCCCUCCCAUCCCAGGAAGCUCUCACCGCUCUUCAAGAACGCAUCUACGAGCACCACAUUAAAGGGUUGCCUGCUUCUGCAGAGGAAUGCGAUAAACCAGGUGGUGAAAACUCUGGGUCAAAGGGCGUCGAAUUCCCAACUCGGUUCUUUGCUAGAGACUUUGCUGGUAACAGGCUGGAAUUCUCCAUAUAGUGAGAGUGUAGUGUUUUGCUCAGAUGACGGCUUGGAGCGGUAGAACAGCGCACGCGCAGAGCUCGGUUCAGUGCCCGAGUGCGCAGGGUACCAUAGAGUCUGCCGAGUCGGGUGGUAAAUUAAGAAACGGUGUCCGAGACUAGAGGGCUGUCCGGCGGCUUGGUUGUAGGCGCCCAAGAUCAAGCAAAUAGCCAGAUAAACAGGAAAUUAUAAGAGAUAUAUAUUGAAAUGCACUGUACCAUAAAGUUUG